CUGAUUGGUGCAGCUUGGCGCAGUCGGGAGGCUGCAGCUGCCUGCGAGUCAUUACUCAGAGAAACAAUCACUGCUGCCCAUAGCAUGACCGCAUUUUCUUACCGGCUAAGGUGAUCGCAACGUGCUUUACCCAGUUAUCAUGGCUUCAGAGGAACCCAGGGCAAAGAAACCUAAACUCUCAGAGGAGGAGAAGACAGAGCCUCCGCCCAAGGAGACCGCCGCCAAACUAAGCCCUAAUUCACUCUUUGGGAUGGGAAACCCUUUGCUGGACAUCAGUGCUGUUGUGGACAAAGACUUCUUAGACAAGUAUUCUCUGAAACCCAACGAUCAAAUCCUGGCCGAAAGCAAGCACAAAGAACUGUUUGAGGAGCUGGUGAAGAAGUUCAAAGUUGAAUACCACGCUGGAGGAGCCACACAGAACUCCAUAAAGAUCGCUCAGUGGAUGAUCCAAGAACCCCAUAAGGUGGGCACGUUCUUUGGCUGCAUUGGCAAAGACAAGUUUGGAGAGAUCCUGAAGCAGAAGGCUGAGGAGACCCACGUCGACGCCCACUACUACGAGCAGGACGAGGAGCCCACUGGGACAUGUGCUGCUUGCAUCACCGGAGAUAACAGGUCUUUGGUGGCUAAUCUAGCUGCUGCUAACUGUUAUAAGAAGGAUAAACAUCUGGACCUCGAGGAAAACUGGAAGCUGGUGGAAAAAGCUAAAGUCUAUUAUAUUGCUGGUUUCUUCCUGACUGUCUCCUUGGAGUCCAUCCUGGAAGUAGCGAAGCACGCGUCUGAAAAUAACAAGCUGUUUUGCAUGAACCUCUCUGCACCCUUCAUCUGUCAGUUCUUUAAGGAUAACCUCAUGCAGGUUAUGCCCUACGUUGAUGUGCUGUUUGGCAAUGAGACAGAGGCAGCUGCUUUUGCUAAAGCGCAAGACUUUGAGACCGAGGACAUUAAGGAAAUUGCAAAGAAAGCCCAGGCUCUACCCAAAGACAACACAAAAAGACAGAGGAUUGUAGUUUUGACUCAGGGGAAGGAUGAAACGGUUCUGGCCCUAGAUAGCAAGAUUGAGACCUUCCCCGUACUGAAAACUGACCCCAAGGACAUCGUUGAUACAAACGGCGCAGGCGAUGCCUUCGUAGGAGGUUUCCUGUCUGAACUUGUCCAGGAGAAACCUCUGGAUCAGUGCGUGAAAGCGGCGCAUUACGCUGCCAACGUCAUCAUCAGACGAGCCGGCUGCACCUUCCCAGAAAAACCAGAGUUCAAGUGAGGAUUCGUCAGGAAAGCUUUUCCUUCAGCCUGAAACCUCAUACUCACUCUGCUGCCACAACUCUGACUCAUAACUUCCACUGUUUUCUACAAGUGCAACACUCAGUUUUGUUCUUUCAAUCAGGCAUAUGUCCUGUUUUUAGGGUUUGUUUGGUUUUUUUUAAUCUAUCUGCACAUAAUUUCUUAGCAGUUCCUAGUUCGUUAUGCCGGUCUCCCUUUUGUCCAUUUGGGGAUCAUGCUAUCAAGAGCCAAGGAAGUUUUGUUUAUAUAAAUUACCAUAAAGAAAUCAUGCUCACACCGGGGAAUGUGAUAACUGUGAUUUACAAAAGGGCUCGCUGUUUGAUUUGUGUAGUUUCGAUCUGUAUUUUGACUCUGACACUGCUGCAAAAACCACGUUGACAUCGCACGAGUCUGUUUUUUUUUUUUCCCCCUCGGAGACACAAUCCAAGCUUAAAAGGCUACAGCAGCAGGAGGACACGCUACACACAGAGGACUAAAGAAUAAAAUGCUGUUGAUGUUCUGGAUGCUGUUCUGAAAUGUGCAGCGGCAAUUUUAUUUUAUUAAGUUAUGAUUUAAUAAGAGGCCAGUUAUAAAUCAAAUGGCAUUUUAAGUGUGCGUUUUGUAUUUUUGUUUUUUUAAUGUAUCAAAGCCUCUGCCUAUUCAGUCGUGUGAAAGUCAUCACUGUGUCAGUGAUAUUCAGAAGUUACCGGCAUCAAGUAAUGAGUGCCUUUCUUCCUCUUGCAGACUUGAUGGGCAGAAGCUUAUUGAUGUUAUAUAAACCUGCAUUUGUCUGUGCAGGGAAACUUGCAUGAUCACUGAUGGUUAACAGUCGGUGGUUCGUGACAGUAUUAAUAUAUGAACAUGACCUCCCUGCUGUAUAUAAUUCGUGUAAGGUAGGUGGUAUUGGAAAUGGGUCGUUAUAUUUAGAGGUUCUCUGCCAGAGGAAUUAUGCAGUGGGCAUUAAAGCAGACCUUUUCACUCUGUUUAUUUUUCAACUGAAUUUGCAACCUAACAUCCUCCUGCAAUAUUGUGUCCCAACCUCAGGACUGUCGGCCGUGUCAAGUCAUAAAAAGAUCAAGUAUUUUGUGCAUUUUUACCACAUCAGUUUUCUUGGGUAACAAAUGAAGAUUUAUAAAAAAAAAAAAUUGGAGGGAAAAUGGGGCCAAAUGUUACAAACCGUCUGUAUUAACGUGAGUCUGUGCAGUGCUGUGAUUCAUACACUGGUGAUUUAAAUGCUGAGUACUUGAAUAAACUUUGUUCAAAGUUUAUAUAAAAGGUAAGAAAUAUGAGCAAGGCUGAAUACUGUAAAAUGUGUUGUAAAAUCUCUGUCUGGUUGUACUCAAUUAUUAUAAAGUGUUCCUACA